AUGGCGGGUGGCGGAAGUAGCGGUGGUGGUGGUGGUGGGGGAUUUGGGGGUCAGAUGCCGGGCGGCGGAGGUAGCGGGGGUAGUGGAGGCGGAUUCGGAGGUCAAAUGCCUGGUGGCGGAGGUAGCGGGGGUGGUGAAGGCGGAUUCGGAGGUCAAAGGCCUGGUGGCGGAGGUAGCGGGGGUGGUGGUGGCGGAUUUGGGGGUCAAAUGCCUGGUGGCGGAAGUAGCGGUGGUGGUGGAGGCGGAUUCGGAGGCAAAAUGCCGGGCGGCGGAAGUAGCGGUGGUGGUGGUGGCGGAUUUGGGGGUCAAAUGCCUGGUGGCGGAAGUAGCGGGGAUGGUGGAGGCGGAUUCGGAGGUCAAAUGCCGGGCGGCGGAAGUAGCGGUGGUGGUGGUGGCGGAUUUGGGGGUCAAAUGCCUGGUGGCGGAAGUAGCGGUGGUGGUGGCGGAUUUGGUGGUCAAAUGCCGGGCGGCGGAAAUAGCGGAGGUGGUGGUCGCGGAUUUGGGGGGCAGAUGCCGGGCGGCGGAAGUAGCGGUAGUAGAGAAUCAAAAGGACCUUUCGCAGGAGCAAUUGAAAAUGGAAAUUCUGGCGGUGGGCCGUUUGCAACAGGAAGUGGAUCUGGGGAGGGAUCAAAUGAAUCUGGUGGCAGUAUGACGAACCCAUUCAAAGCCGGCGCGGGUGAUGGUGGAAACCCAUUUUCUGGAGCAACCGGAAGUGGUAGUCAAGACAGCGGUCUGAUGGGAAUGGACCUGUCCAAGUACAUGAUGUCGGGGCCUGGUGGACUUGUCGGGGGCGACUUUUUGACCGGCACAAAGGCCACGGCCUUAAUGGGGCAAGACUACUCGAAGGAGAUUUCCGGUUCCGGUACGGGCCUCAAUUCCGGUGGAAACCCCGGCACACAAGGGACCGACUGCGAGUAUUGCGGCGACACUUCGAGGUUUGACACGUCGUCUUAUCAGUCGAUGCUUCAAGGCUUGUUCAACAAAGACAGUGUAGGCCAAGAACUAAACAGCCUAGGAGCUCCGUUCGAUGGCAACGGGUAUCAGCUUCCCCAGGGGGGUCAGACCGAAAGUGGUAACGGCGAACGUUACAACACAGCUAUGGAGGCUAGCCAGGGAUCUUACGCGUCGACAGACACGUCUUCGUACGCCGGCCAAAGUGGCAUGAAUGUCGGUAGAAGUUCCGGAAGUAGUUCGUCCGGCAUCGUGAAGAACGGCGUCGGAGCAGGAAAUGCGUUUGUAAAAGAAACAACGGCAGGAAGUGGGCAAUACGCGUCAGGAAAUACUGGAUCGAUCGGAAAUGGAAACUCGAAUACCGGAAGUUCAAGCACCGCGGUGGGUGAUUAUGGUAAUCCAUUCAAUGUGAAUAAUUAUGACAUCGGUAACGGUCCCGGCUCUGCCUCCGCUAACUCAAAUUCCAACUCAAAUUCCAACUCUUACGGCGCUAAUCCCUUUGAUACAAGCAAAUUCAGCGCGGCGAAAACGCCCUUCAGCAAUCCGAAUAGUGGCGGUGGCCCGGGAAUGACCGGAAGUAUGGGAGCCAUGGGAGGCAGCACUCCAUUUCAGGCAAACACUGGCACAGGAAGUAACCACGAUCAAAAUCCGUUUGAUACCUCGAAGUUUAAUACCGCGGGUCAAAACCCAUUUAACAUCAAUUCAUAUCAAUCGACUGGAGCGCUGGGUGGGCAAACAUAUAUGGGUGGAGAAUCCGUGGACAACGCUCAAUACACUAACACAAAGGGGUUAGACGAGUACGGAAACGUAAAUUUCGGGAAACUAUCCAGCCUAUCGGGAAAUGGAGUGAACGCCGAAAAUACAGCGGCAAUGGGGAUGCCAGAUUACUCCGCCGGGACCGGAACUGCUUCCAAUUCCUAUGCUGGAUCGUCGGGCACGUCAUAUAGCUCUGGGUAUCAAAGUGGUUCCGGUCAAUAUGGUACCAACAAUGGCCUGCUUGCUGGAGGCGAGUUUAAUGGCGACAAGAGCGAAUUUUCGUACCGCGGCGCUGCAUCCACGAACGCUGGUUCUAAUUCCGAAAGCUCAAGCCAGUAUGAGACGCCGUUCGAAACUGACAACUACAACGACCUUCUUGAGACGCCCUUUGGAAAAGAAUCUUACUUGAGUUCGAAUAAGCAGAACUACCAACUGCCAUACGAUCGUUCAAACGAUUCAGAUCUUCUUAACGGGGGUCCUUCCGCCGCCGCGCAAGGGAACUCAGCCGUCCGCGGAUAUUCCGGAAGUUACUCUUCGCAUGACUACGGAGGCUACUCUGGUGGCGGAAGUAGCUACGGUGGGGGAAGUUUCGCCGCGCAGGUUGCAGGCGAUCCGUUUCACCAAGGAGGCAACAUGAGAGGAUAAAUUCUCGUCGCCAUAUAAGUUUUUGAAAGAAUUUAUUUUAGAUUUUCUGAGUUUUUUUAUUCGUUGUUCUACGAUGUUUUAUUUGUGAAAACAAGUUAUUAGUUUAAAAUAAGUUUAAAUCAUUUGUGCAAACGAACUUUCGUUUUUACGUGUUAUAAAAUACAUGUAUACAAUGCAUUGUCGAAUCUUUUAAUUGUCUGUUCUGUUGGUAAUUGACUGGAUCGGUCGCCAUCACACUAUUUAUUGCAGAUAACGAACUAUUGAUAUUUUUAAAUAAAAUAAAGAAAACCACUGA